UAAGGCGGAUAAUUCGCUUCGAAGGUUACAUCGUGGCCUUGACGCCCAACCUUGGGAAGAUGACCGUUGAUCAGGUUGUAAUCAUUUUAUUUCUCAUAAUGUCCUAAGUGUCUAUCCUUUAUUGAUUAAACCUUCCAACUACUGUUUCGAUUGCUUCGCUGACUUACUAUCGGUGGUUGUAAUUGUCCCGCUGAAAACCUGCGAAAUUUCGACCUGGAUAAAAAAAUGAUCAUGCCCAUUUAGUUAACACACCAGUUGCGGGCAAGACAGAGUCAUCACUUUAUCUAGAGCCCAUCCUAAACACAAUAAUAUUGAAUUUACUCAACACCUAGGUGUUGAGCUUACGUUUGUUUUCAGUACACUAUUGAAUGUUCAGAUAUUCUGAUUGUACAUAUUGUACAUAUGAAAAUGAUCUUUGUAGCCCAUAUACAUCUACAAGUUAGUAGUCUUUUAUCAUAAAUAUCAGCAAUGUCUUUUCGAGCAUAGUGGCUUUUCGGAACCACUAAACACCACUGAUUUUUUUGUCAUUGAAUUUAUAAAUAUUAUAACUAUGGUCCCAGUCAAGUAUAUACUAAUCGGGAGAGUCCAUGAUUUGCAAUUGUCUAGAUGUCUGUCUCAUGUUGAGUGAAGGUUAUCAUAGUUUCUCUCAUAACAGGUACUAAUGCUUACUGAGAAACAUUAGUAAAACCGUUUUCUAACCCUUCUUAGUGUAUGUCAUAUAUAUGUUAACGGGCGAUGACAAUAGAAUACAACGGUCUUGCCGUAUUUCAAUUUAUAUAUAAAUUGUUUGCGUCUUGUCUUCUAAAUCUCCAUCACCAUGUGUAAUGAGCCUAUUAUUUACGAAUAAUUUCAGAGCCGCCCUACUUUUGAUGCAACACGCAAGACUUUUCUGGCACCUAUGGUACGUGUUUCAACACAUCCCAUGCGUCUUCUGUGUCUGGAAUAUGGUGCAGAUUAUGUGAUUUCUGAAGAAUUGAUCGACCAAAGAAUUAUCCGCUCUGCAAGGAUAGUAAAUGCUGAAUUGAAUACCAUUGAUUUCGUUCUACCCGAUGGUUCAGUGACAUUUCGUACAUCGGCGGAAGAGAAAAACCGCGUUAUUGUCCAAUUAGGAACUCCAGAGCCUGGGACAGCAUUACAAGCCGCCAAAAUGCUGGAAAAUGAUGUUAUGGGUAUUGAUGUGAAUAUGGGUUGUCCUAAAGCAUAUUCUAUAAAGGGUGGGAUGGGAGCAGCCUUACUGACAAAACCAGAAAUUGUCAAAGACAUUCUUACUACUUUGACUACAAAUCUCCGAAUUCCAGUUACUUGUAAAAUGAGGAUUUUACCUGAAUUAGAAAAAACAAUUGCUUUGGCUAAGCUAAUUGAAUCGACAGGUGUUGCAGCGAUCACAAUACACGGUAGAACAAUCAAUGAACGUUCAAUGCAUCGGAAUCGUAAUGAAGUUAUUCAAGCAAUAGCUCAUUCAGUAGGUAUACCUGUUUUAGCAAAUGGUGGUUCUCGUGAUAUAAUUAGAAAUCAUGAAGAUAUUGAAUAUUUUCGACAAUUGACUAGUGCAACCGGUGUUGUUAUAGCCAGAGCUGCUAUGUGGAAUCCUGCCAUAUUCAAAUCACUUCAAGUUGAUGAACCAUUACCUAAACUUGAGGAAAUUAUUUGUAGAUAUUUAACUUUGUCUGUUCGUUAUGAUCAUCAUAUAGCUGGUGCAAAGUAUUGUGUUUUACGGAUGUUACACGAUUUCGGUGGUACACCGAUAUAUGAAGAUGUAUUAGCCUCGAAUGAACUACGUGAUCUAUGUGCCAUAUGGAAUAUGUUAGAUGUUUACGAUCAUGAAAUGUCUAAUCGAUUAGAACGUUUAAAGAAUCAUCAACUUACAUUAAACAAUUCAACAGUUAAUUGUAAUCAAGAAAUAAUUUCAUCUCCUUCACUAUCAGUUUCUUCUGACUCUCUCUCAGUUCCAGAGAAACGACCUCGUGUAGAAGAACAUUUAUUAAAUACUACAACAGUAUUAGUGAAUGAUAAUAAUGUGCUUGGGGUAAAAAUAAAUAAUUUCGAAGAAACUGUACUCUCUAUUCCAUAUGAACGUAGAUUUUGGCCUGAUCAUGGAACUAGUCCAAAACAAAUACUUCGUGAACAUUGUAAAUUAUUAAAAUGGGAUUCACCUAAAUACGAAACUAUUGAAGAUCGUAACAAAAGAUCAUUUUUUAGUACUGUUUUAGUGAAUGGUAAACGUUAUCGAAAUACCAGUGCAUGUAAAUCAAAAAAGUAUGCUGAACAAGCAGCUGUAUUAGUUUGUCUACAUGUGUUAGGCAUACCCGAUGGAAAAGUUCACGCUGACGAAAAUAAUAAGGUUACUCUUAAUAAUAAAUAAUUUUAGACAAUCCCUUUUAUGAUUUGUAAACAAAACAAAAAUGUAACCAAAAGAGAGGUUUUCUUCAUUAUUUUGAUAAAUUUGAUUUUUGGAUAGAAAAA